AUGUUUUCCGUGCGUUUGGUUAAUGCGGACAGCUAUCAGGCAACGCCAUUGCCUCAGCUGGAUCCAACAUUUUCAGAAUUUCGUGGAACUGAAAUAAAACAUGUACCUAUUGUACGGGUCUUUGGUACUACCCAUACAGGUGAAAAGACAUGUUUACACUUACACGGCGUGUUUCCAUACCUGUACGUACCAUUCACGGGGGAUGAUAAUGCUGAUGGCCUUGCCUAUAGACUAGCUGCAUCCUUGGAUGCAGCGAUCAAUAUAUCCCUAGGAUCAGCGAACUCAAACACACAGCAUGUCUAUCAAGUACAACGAGUCGCUGGAAUACCAUUUUACGGUUAUCACCGGAGAGAGCAUCAAUUCUUCAAAAUAUCUUUUUAUAAUCCAGCGAUAAUGAAGAAAGCUAUCGAUUUGCUACAAAAUGGAUCGGUGUUGAAUCAAAGUUUUCAACCACAUGAGGCCCACAUACCGUUUAUCCUUCAAUUCAUGAUGGAUUACAAUUUACACGGAAUGAGUAUGAUCAAUUUAUCAAGUGUAAAAUAUCGGCGGCGCAUUACGCAAUCUCAUUCGGAGUUUAAAUCAUCAAACGCUGCUAGUAGUAACAGUAGCAGUAGCGGUGGUGUCGCUACUACCGGCGGUAUAAUUACGCCGGUCGAUGAACUUGAUUAUCUUCCAGCGUGUGUUGAACGACAAAGUAUUUGUGAAUUAGAGGUAGACGGUUUAGUAUCAGAUAUCUUAAAUAGACAAGACCUGGAACGGGGAAUUGAGUUGAAUCCAGGACUUGCGGCAAUUUGGGAAGAAGAACGUGCUAGAAGAGCACAAGCUGGUCUCGCUUGUGAAGAUUCCCAACUUGUCAACCCAAAAAGUCCAGGAAGACCGCCUUAUUGUCUCACAGACAAUGAUUUGUAUCAACAGCAAAGAUUCAAUCGUCGGCUUUAUAUGGUAUCGCAGUGCGAUGAAAGUACACUUUCAUCCGCGUCCUCACCUUCUUCCUCGUACUCGCCUGCUAGUUUAAAUCAAUCGUCAUAUCCGAUUGAAACACUGAACGACGAUCAACUGAUGAAUGACUCUAAUUUACCGAAUUUGAAUUCGCAAAAUUUGAAUUUGACUCAGCAUAUCAACGAAAUUUCAAGUCUCAAUUCUAACAAACUUUCUCAAGAAUCUAAAACUUCACAAUUAACUAACGAAACUAGUAUUUUGGAUUCCGAAGACAUACCAUUAAUUGAAAUACUUAUGGACUUAGCGCGUGACUCAGAGAAACACGGCCCUGUGGAUAAUGAUAGUAUUCUGGGUACCCAAACUUCAGCGUUUGAUCACGAGGAAAUAAAAAGUGAUAACGAAGAUGACGAUGUUAUUGAUUUCAACCUUACGUGUUUGGAUAUUGAUUCAAUGAGUCCGUGGGGCUCAAACCCCGACAAGUCACCACCUAGUCAACUUGUUCCUGUUAAUAAUAUAGACUUAAUUAACAAUAUUAAUAAUAGUAAUAAUAAUUAUAACGAUAAUGGUAAUCAUAACAAUAACUAUAAUAAUCCAGGUUCUAUUAAUACAACUGAAACAACAAAUAUUAAUAGACCUAUUAUCGGAGCCGAUACAACGGAUGCUGAGAGUCUAAACUCAGAGGAAUCUCAGCUACCACAAUUGGAUGGUGCGGGUGAUCUAUUGAGCUUCCUUGAGUCUGAGGAGGACGAAAACAUUAUUAAGUACGAGCAUCAAGUUAAACGUAUACCAGAAUAUCAAGCACCUAUUUCAACCGCGGAUUACGCCAACAGGGUACGUGUGUUUAACACAAAUUUACCUUGUAAUGAUGACGAAGCAUUUAUUAUGGAGGAGGGUACUUCAUCAUCAAACUGUUCGCCAAUGUCACAACAAGAUGCAUGGUCCUUUUAUUUACCCACCGACGCGGAUAACAUCGACGAGUUUGUGAAUAUGAAUUUUGAAUUACUUGGAUCAGAGUUUGACUCGGAUUAUGAAACUACUUUGGGAUUAAAUUCGCUGCUGGAAGGCGAUGAGGAUGAAUCCUCUAUAGGUAUUAAUUUAAUUGUUGAUAACGGUAAUAAUGAGUGCGUACCACUAGAGGCAGUGUUAAACGGUGACCCCUGUUUUACCCAAACUGCCGAAAUGGACAAGUCUGAUUUGGCGGAGCUGAAAGAUCAAUACGAUAGUUUGCUUGGUAGUGAACUUGUACCUAUAGCUUAUAAAAAUUUUCGUGAGAGUGAUAGUUGUGUUGAUAAUAAUAAUACAAGAUUAGAUAGCAAUGAUAAGUGUGGUCAAGUGUACUCUAAUUCACAAAGUCAACAAUUAAAUAAUGAUAAUACAAGUAAAGAGGCUGCUAGUACAACAGGAACAACCGCAAUAACGCCACCAACAAAUGACACCCGAAAUUUAUCCUCGGAAAAUGUUACGCCCAACAUACAAGAACCCGACGGUAAAGUAAAUACUCUAAAAAGUAAAUAUGAUAACAGUAAAGAGUUUAGUAGUAGCAGGGAGCUAGCAACCGCUGCUGAUAGCUCUGAUUAUAAUUGUAACUUAGUUGCCAGAUGGGAGGAAUUGCAGGACUUGAAGUUUAUUCCGAAACGUGUUCUAAAGAAAAAAGGUUUUGUAAGACCGAGAAAACAAAUAUUGAGACGGGCAACCCUCAGUGAAUCAAUGAUGGCACGUAAGCGCGGUUAUUUCCGACGUGGUCCUGCAAAUUUAGCUAAUCAAGUAUUUACUAGUGAUAAUAAUAAUACUACUACGGUAUCUCCAGUUCCUGAUAACGAUAAUUUACCAAAUAACUUAAUAGACAAUGUUACACAAAAUGUUAAUAGUAAAAACAAUAAUACAACGAUAUGCAAUAAUAAUAAUAGACAAAUAAGAGCUACUGAUCGUACGGGUACGACUGACAAAAUUAAACUAUUUAUUGAAAACUCAAGGAAUGUUAAAAAUUCAGAUAAUACUUCCACUACUAUUGCAAGCUCUACUUGUAAUAGUAAUAGUACUAGUAAAACUCGUCUCUCUGCAGACACUCGGGCGACUCUCGCUUCAACAACUACAACUAAAACAAGUUCCUUUAGGUCUGGUAUUAAAGAAAAGUCAACUAAAUCACCGUGCUCACUCGAUGAUUAUUCACCGAGUGCUCCGAGUAAUUUUUCACCGAGCGAUCUUAUUGGACAUGUAAAUACCUCGACAGAAGUUGAAACUUCAAGAGGGUAUUACAACGGUGAAAUGGAUCAUUUAUCUAGCGUUGUUGAAAAUCCAGACGAGGUUGAUAAUAAUCCAACCGACGGUGAAAAGACCAAAAUAGUUGAUAAUAAACAUCAGUCACGUUAUUUAUCUUAUUACUCAUCAGUGAAUGCACAUAGUGGAGUGCCCUACGGGCAGAACAAACAUCGACACUGUCUUUACUCAUCAUAUCGCAGUGCUUUUGUUAAGGAUUAUGUAUUUACGGAGGAUCAAGUUUGGGUUAUUGAUAAACGAAAACGUGGUACUGCACCUGCAAUAUCAACCUCAGUAUGCACUAAAGACUGUUGUCGGUUGCCAAUAGUGCUUUUAGAUAAGCUUAAUAUUGUUAUUAAUAAAUCUAAACCUAAACAUACUCAAGCUAACCGAGAUGCAUCCUCUGUUGUGAUAGAUCACGUUGAUAAUGACGAAAAUAAAAGUAAUUUAGAUGAAAGUUUUAACGAGAACUUUGUUCAGCCGCGUGAGAUGAAAAGUAAGCGUAGAAGGCUAAAGAAAAUAAAACGUUUGAAUGAAAAAGUAAUAGCCAAUGGUAUUAAUAAAGAAUCUAAGAUACACAGUGAAAAAAGUACUCCUCAUCUAUUUAGGUCUUCAAAGUCUUCUAAGACUUGGUCAUCAAUAAUAGAUAAACCACGUUUGAGGAGUCGGGUUAAUAAUAACGUUAAAUCUAAUAAUUCUAAUAACCAACUGAUGGAUAACGAAUCGACAGAUGCUUGUUCUGUAGCCAAUGGACAGCUAAAUUUGAUUACGUCCUCACAGUCAGAGUCUAUUCAAUCACGCAAGCGUCCGGAAAUUUGGUGUUCGAUUAGCAGAAAAAAUAUCGACUUGGGAUUCUUAACUGCAAAAUCACUGUCAUCUCCAGUCUAUAAAGGCGAUAAUGCUCCAGUGAUACGACAGAAGCCUAUUGUUAUACGUCACGUCGAGACUCUUCCAAAAACGUACAAAAUAAAAAUCUGUUCAGCAGCCAGUAAUGUCAAAUCAGUGUGUGAAUCAGAAGUCGACACCACGUCACCGGAAGAUUUAUUGAUUACUUUUCAAAAUAAUAAUAGUAAUAAUAAUAACACUGAUAAUGUUAUUGAUAAUAAUUCCGUUGUUACAAAUAAUAAUGAUAAAAAUGUUAUUUCAAAUACAUCACAAGUACAACAAUUCAGCGAGUUUGAUACGACACUUGAUGUACAUUUGUGUGAUUCAAUUUACAAGGACGAGGAUGAUGUGGCAGCAGUUGCUAAUGAGAUAUUUGAUACAGCCGCCGGUGGUAUUGUCGAGGAGGAACGGAUAUCUUUGGUUGAUUGUACGGCAAAUUCAUCACAGGAAUCCGAACAAUAUACCAAAGCUAUUGCUGAAGCUAAUUUUUAUGCUGGCAAAAAUUAUACUAUCGAUGCAAUCAGUCUCGAAAUACCGCAGUGUCUAUUUGAAGAGGAUUCUAACUCGGAAAGUUUACAAAAGAAAUCAUUGGAGACGAUAACUGAAAGUUCAAUGCCUGAAAUAUCUGUUGGAAUAUUAUCUCCCUCUCAUGUUCCCUCGUCUCAUUCACCAGAAACCCCAGCUGAGCUCGACAAACUUUUGGAUAAUAAUUUGAUAAACGGGCUUAAUGAUUUAAAUGAUAGCAUAUCUUCUUUAACGAGUAUUACAGAUAAAAUUGUUGUAAAAAGUCAACCGCUGAAUGAAUUUGUACAGCCUGACGAUUCGUUUAACUCAAUCACCUCUCACAAAUUUAAUCCGAGGGAUCAUACGUCAACUGAGUGUAAUUACGUAUCAUCAUCGUCUUCUUCCUCGUCUUCGUCAGCCUUUGAAUUUUCUACCUCCGCAAUGUUAAAUAAUUUAUCAAGCGAACAGCUGAAUUUUGAAGAUUACUUUGACGAGGAACAAAUUAUUCAAAUGAUCAAUUCUGCCCUGAUUUUGAAUGACAUUAAUCUUGAUGAUAACACACUCAAUAAUCAAUUACUAUCAUUGUCAAAGGAAGAUAAUAUUUGUGGUGAUAACAACAAGGUUGAUGAUGAAAAAACCAAGACCAAGUACUCUCCGAAUAAAAUUUCAAUUAUUAGAAAAAUUUACAAGACCAAAGGAGAUAAUAAUAAAGCUGAAAAAAGUAACAAUGGAAACACUGAGACGGCUAAUCAAGCUGAUGAAAAUCUUCUAUUAAACCCAAAACAGGGUAUUGAUUUAGUGGACAUUGAAGCUGAGGCUCCUGAUAAUCCUGUUAUAAUUAAACCGAAUAAUGAAAUCGAUCUGGAAUUUAAUGAACCUAUGAAAAUCGAUGCUGAUGGUGAUGACGACAGCAGUGUAAAUGGUAAUGACAAAGAUGCGGGUGGAGAAGAUGAAAAACUCACUAAAUUUACGUCACCUGGUUCUAUAAAUACUACAGCGUAUGAAAACAGCUGGAAUAAUCAAGAAUCACGAAAUGAAAUUAACUCUGAUUGCGCAAUAAGUCAAGAUAAAAAUUUAGAAAAUAUUUCAUCAGAAAUAUUGAAUCAAAAUGACAACAAUGAACAACAGUCAGUUAAAACAAUAGCAACAGUUGAUGAUAAUGAAAAUAAGGUAAAUGUUGAUACUGAAGUUAUUAAAUUAAUGGAUAAUAUACUAUCACUGGUGAGUAUUGAAAAAUCAAUGAAUAAUAUGUAUAAUAAUGGUAAUGUAGACAAUAGUAUUGAUACUGAACCUGUAUUAAAUUCCAUUGUCAACAAUAAUUUGAUAGAUGAUAAAGGCUGCGAAGCUGCCGGCGGACGGAGUAAUUAUUUAUCUCAGUCAAAUGAAAUAUCAACCACUGUUACUGCCAUCGAGAACAACACUGAUUGUAAUAAAGUUGAAGCAAUCACUGAUAAAUUUUGUUCAGACAAUAAAAAUAUUAUUGAAAGUUUGGGAGCUGACGGCAGUGAUGAUCACGAAGGAACAGAAGCUAAACUGACAAAUGAAAAAACGGACGUUAAGUUAGUUGAGCCAGAAAUCGAAGAUAAAAUCACAACUGGUACUGCUGGCUCUUAUUGCGAAGUACUUCUUGAGGUAAAUGAGAAAGUUAAAUCGUCUGUUGAACAAUCUACGUUUGAAUCUUCUCUUACCAUUACUGAUAAUCAGUGUUCUAAUGAACAAGAAAUAAAAUUGCGGUUUAAAGAAGAUUAUACGGAAGUAGUGUUUAAUAGUGACAAAGAGAAUAUCGAUAGUCAUGAGUGUUCCAUUUAUAGUAACUCUAUUCCGGAUGUUGAAAAACAUCCAGAGGAAGCAGUUAAAGCUGGAGAAAAUAAAGAAGAAGAAGAAAUAAAUGGUGACGGUGAAGAAGUACAAAAAGAUAAAUUAAAUAUUGAUACUGGUAGUAAGUCUGGAGUUGAACAAGAAAAUAAUUACACCGAUGACAGUAAUGGUAAAAAUAUUUCAAAGGAAUCAGUGUUUCGAUGCCGGGAAUUGUCGGUCCGUUUGGUUCGCAUUAAAUUAAACGAAUUUAAUCAAUAUUUAAAUAGCAGUAAUGGCUGCGGUAAUAAAAGUAAAAUAGAUGUUAAUUCAAGUUUAGUUGAGUUUGAAUUUGGUAGUGAAGCAGCCAAUGCCAGCUCAGUGAAACAAAAAUUCGGAAAUUCAUCUGGAGUUAAAAAAUGUGUUAGAUUUGAUGAUCAGGUAUUUAUAUUCGAGACAAAUACACGAGUACCUCUAAUAAAUUUUGAUGAGAAGAGCGAAGAAGAAGAAGAAGAAGAAGCAGAAAAGCAAAGGGAGAACUUUACUGAGGGUGACGAGGGUGAGGGUGCGGUAGAACCUGAAUGCCAGGGUGAGGGUGAGGGUGAGACCGAAAGAGUAGGUGCCGGCGAGGUCGAGGGUGAGGGUGGGUGUGAUGAAGAGGAGCCGGAGGUGCUGGAGGAAGAGGAAGAGGAAGAGGCUGAACCAGAACCAGAACCAGAACCAGAACCAGAAAUAGCAGAACAAGAAAAAAAGACUGGGGUUGAAAAUCAAGAAUUAGAAAAAGAAAAAGAGCAGCAAGUUGAAAAAGUAAAAGAUGGUGAAAAACAAGAUAAUAAAAAAAUAAUAGAUAAAGAUGAAAUUUCUGUGGGUAGUAUCAAAAAAUGUGAAAUAACAGACUCAUAUAAAUCAAUUGGUAAUAAAAAUGACAGUGAAACAAAAUUUAAUGGGGAUGUAAUUGCUAGUAGUUGUAUUAAUAAAAAACACGAUGAUGAGAUAAUAGUUAUAUCGGACAGCGAUGAAUACUCCAGCAGUGAUAAUGACGUUGAGUUUGUUUCAGAGGAGAAGUUAGCGCCAGACAGUUGUGUCAGCAAAAAGUUAAACACCAAAAUUAUUGAUGAAAAUUUUGUUUUUACAGAGAAUAGACAAAAUAGCAGUAAAUCAACAAAAACCGAAUUUAACCGUGACAUUAAAGAGCAGCAGCAACAGUUUUCUUUGGACAAUAUCCAGGAAAUGGAAAGUAAGUUAGAUAAGAACCUAAAGGAUGUUACAGUUCUAGAUGAAUCUACAAUACCAAUUGAUAAGAAUAUAAAAGAAAAAUCUUGUUUAGCCGGUGAACUUUUAACAAAAUUUACUGAAAAAGAACCACCAAGAUCCAGUGAAUCAACAUGCAAACGCAAACGUAAUAACAAUAAUAAUUUACCAAGACAAUCCUAUUUAAAUUCAAAUAAUAUUAUCAAAGCUAAUAGUAAUAGUAUUAUUACUGUUCCUUCAACAGUUGAUCCAGCACCAACAACAUCCUCAUUAUUGCCAGCCUCGAUGGUAGAAAGCCGCCAGAGCUCCGAUGACAAUCGAUUGGUACGAACUUACAGAAUGUUAACAAGUUAUCGCACUAAAAUUCAUACACUUAGUAUUGAUCAGCGAAUGGUAUUUACCCGCGUGGCAGUAAGCGAUCAAGAAUUUGGCAGUAAACAAGCCAAAGAAAAAUUCCUGGAGGGUAUUGGAUUAUAUCCACUGAAACCGCAAGGCUGCGGGUGGAAGCCAGCUCACAUUACCACCGGGUUCAUGCAAUUACAGCAGCCACGUGUUAUUCUCCAGCGACUUACGCCGAGUGUGCUUAAAUACUACGGGUACACACGUCGAUUCAAAAGCCAGAGAUUCGGAAAACGUUUCAAGACCGACGUAAAUAAUCGAUUUACGAUACCGGCGUACGAUGGCCCGGCGGAUUUGAGCUCCACUGAUUCUGAAUCGGAUACGGAUAUAACUCUUGACUGCCGGGAGAAACGUGUUUGCGACUAUAAACCGAGAAAGCACUUUCAACGGCGCGAGGCAACAGUAACUCCUCGUAAACGCAAAAACAUCAACAGCGACGAGGAGACCGGAGGAGAUAAAGUUAAUCCCGGGGAGGAGGAUUUAUUUCAAGGAGCCAGAGAUCGAGCAACUCAACGUUUAUUUAAUAGACCUACGACUAAACACAGUAUGCCUUUAACUGAUAAUAAAAUUUAUUAUCAAUCGCCCACCAGGGCCACCACCUCUAGAUCUUCCGGUCUCUCGGGCAAUUAUACGCCAUUGAAAAUAAUUAUCACGUCACCGAAGGUACGAAAACUCGAACAUACUUCUUCUGAUCAACCAACGAUUGAUAAUCAUAAUCGUACCUACAGUCACAGUCGAGCCGAGGACUGUCUUGAUAAUGAAAACAGCUGCGUCACACCGAGGAGACGGAGGAGAUUGCUUUCUUCGGCUGUGACAUCCACCAAGCGCCGAGUUUCAGGUGACAGUUGCCAAAUGCUGACGGCAAAUGAUGAACGACAACAGACGGGUGAGUUCGAGAUAUUAAACCCCAUUCCCAGUACCACCAGUUUUGGUGGUGAAUGCAGCGCUACAGCUUCAAAUGAUAAUAAUUAUGUUGAAAAAUGUAAUCGUGAUUUAUCACCAAGUGUCAAAGCCAACGUGAGAAAAAAUUUAUUUUUUUCGUCGAGCAAACAAGACGAUCGACUUGAUAAAAGUUGGCGCAAUCAAGCUGGUGAUAUUGAUAAUACUGAUAAAGGUGAAAAAUUAACAGAAGAUACUGAUGAAAUGCUCAAUAAUGAAUUAGAAAAAUCUAGUGAUGAUGAUACUGUGAUAUUUGAGCAGUCUGCAGCUAAUUUAGAACUUGAAUUUUCACCUUUAUCGAAAUUCGACAAUGAUAAAAAUCUCGAGGAGCAAGAUGACGUGUGUAAUGUAACAUUCACACAAUACUUGAGCUCGCAACUUACCCGACAGACGAAUCAAUCAUCUGGUGAGUACAAAAAGAAUCUGUCAAACUCGGAAAAACAAGUAACAAUUAUUCCGAAAUUAAAACCACCGUCUGUUGGAAGAAUAAUUGACACAAUGGAAUUAUAUAGCAUACCAAAGUGUCGUAACUUGCAGCCGUUUUUUAGUAAUCAAUCAGAUGCGCCAGGUCACAAAGAGGUAGCUCACAGAUUAUUAAAAGUACCUGGUAAAGGAUUAGCCGAUUUAUCAUAUUUUAAAUCAAGUCUUGAUAAUAUUACGGGUAUUAAUCGCUGGCGUAGGAUGAAAAUAAAUGAAUUUAAUUCAUCAUCAAAGGGAAGUGGAGGAGUUUUUAAAUCAUGUAAUAUUAAAAAAAAUCUUGCUGGACAUUCAUCUGUGGUUAUUACACCUUUAAUUUUACCUCCUUCGUUGACAAGUGUGAUAAAGUGGGUCAGGGCUCGGGAUUAUUUGGCAAAAAAACGUAUUAAACUCGAGAAAAGAGACAAGGACAAAAAUAACGUCAAAGACAAAGAUAAAUACAGAGAUAAGGGAAUUGAAGGAGGAGAAAAAGAAGAAAUAGCUCAAGACGAAGAAACAGUUCAAGAUGUUAUUGAAACAUUUGAGCAACAUAAAAAAUACGACAAUCCGUUAAUUGAAUCAGAGCAACGUUCAAAUAAUGUUAAUAUUAAUAUUAAUUCAAGUAUUCUCGAAACAACGACUGAAAAUAUUAUAAAUUUAAAUUCUGGAAGCGAUAGUUCUGGUUACACUGUUGUAGAUUGUUCAAGUGCCGUUGAAAAAUAUACGAGCUCAGGGGAUAAUGGAAAAAAAAGUUUAUUAAUACAACAACAUGAUAACGAAAAUUCUAAUAAUACCCUCGGCGACAGCCUCGACGAUUAUAUUGAUCCGUCUUUAUUAAGUAUACUCGGUAAAUCGAAAUUGUUUAAAGAGAGUGAACAGUCGAAACAUUUUGGAAUUUCAUGCGGACAAAUUGAAUGUUUAACGCAUUCAGAUAGAAGUAAUGUGGAGAAUGAGAAUAGACAGAAAGCGAAAGCUCUGACGAGGUAUCAAUUUAUAACAGUGUUAUGUGUAGAAGUACAUGUCGUAACUCGUGAUGAUUUAUUACCAGAUCCACAACAUGAUUCUAUUUCUGCUUUAUUUUAUGCUGUACAGAGUGAUGUUCCACCAACCUCCUCAAUUAAACCACUUGAACAUGGUUUUAUAGCGGUCGCAACGGAAGGAAACAACAACUAUGGGUAUGAUUACGGAUCGUCGUUGCCAUUUACCAAGACAUUUGUAUCAAAUGAAGUGGAAUUAUAUAAAGCAUUUGUAAAUUUAGUAACACGUACCGACCCCGAAAUAUUUAUCGGUUGGGAAAUAGAAUCAUUAUCUUGGGGUUAUAUAUUUCAGCGAGCCUCUAGACUUGGGAUCAAUUUAGCAAAACGGAUUUCUCGAAUCCCAAGCGUACAAUGUAAGUGGGAAUCUCAGCCGUCGGAUCUUAAUACAUUAGCGGAUGUUAAAUUACCGGGUCGUAUUGUCCUCGACAUUUGGCGAAUUAUGAGAAGUGAAAUAGCGCUGCUUACGUAUACGUAUGAAAAUGUUAUGCAUAGUGUGAUGAAUGAGAGAGUUCCCUGUCCGUCCUUUAAAGUAUUAUCUAACUGGUGGAUUGAGCCGCAAGAUGAAGAAGAAAAGGUGAAGGAUACGAAUGAGAAACAGAGGCAGAAUCCAAGAUCACGUUGGAAAGUUGUUCAACAUUACAGUGUUAAAGUUUUAGGUAUCUUGAGGAUUCUCGAACAACUUGACAUUAUUGGACGAACAAGUGAGCAUGCUCGGCUUUUUGGAAUCCAAUUUUACGAAGUUUUUUCUCGUGGUUCUCAGUACCGAGUUGAAUCAAUAAUGUUACGGCUUGCAAAGCCACUCAAUUACAUUCCGGUAUCUCCUUCACCGUUGCAAAGAGCAUCUAUGAGAGCUAUGGAGGCACUUCCACUAAUAAUGGAGCCAGAAGCAAUGUUUUACAGUGAUCCACUUAUUGUCCUUGACUUUCAGAGUUUAUAUCCAAGCAUUAUUAUCGCACACAAUUAUUGCUUUUCAACCUGUUUAGGGCGUAUAGAAAAUAUUGGACAGCAAAAUCCUUACAAAUUUGGUGCUUACUUGCUGCGUGUCCCUAAAAGCACAGCCAUUAAAUUACAAGGUAAAGUCAAUUAUGCUCCUUGCGGUGUAGCUUAUGUAAAGCCAGAAAUACGUCUUGGAAUUUUACCAAGAAUGCUUACUGAAAUUUUAGAAACACGAUUGAUGGUUAAAAAAGCUAUGAAAGAUCAUAAAGAUUCUAAAGAUGAUAAAUUAUUACAACGAGUUUUGCAUUCACGUCAACACGGACUUAAAUACCUCGCUAAUGUUACUUACGGUUACACAGCUGCUAAUUUCAGCGGCAGAAUGCCCUGUAUUGAGCUUGGAGAUAGUGUUAUUAGUAAAGCUAAAGAAACUCUUGAACGCGCAAUAAAGCUUGUAGAAUCAACUCCCAAGUGGGGAGCACGCGUUGUUUACGGAGAUACCGAUUCGCUUUUUAUCCUUGUGCCUGGUAAAUCUAAAGACGACGCUUUUAUUAUUGGCAACGAAAUCGCUGACGCUGUUACUGCAUCUAAUCUUAAGCCGAUCAAACUUAAAUUUGAAAAAGUUUUACAUCCAGCAAUAUUACAAACUAAGAAACGUUACUGCGGGUACAUGUACGAAACUCCAGAUCAGAAAGAACCAACCUACUUGGCAAAGGGUAUAGAAACUGUGAGAAGAGACGGUUGUCCAGCUGUUUCUAAGAUUCUUGAAAAGUCAUUAAAAAUUCUUUUCGACACUAAAGAUGUAUCGUUAGUAAAACAAUUUGUAACGCGGCAGUUGGACAAAGUACUAAACGGAAAAGUAUCGCUUCAAGAUUUAACAUUUGCUAAAGAAUUCCGUGGUCUGCGUGGAUACAAAGAGAAAGCAUGUGUACCGGCGUUGGAGCUUACACGGAGACUAAUGAAAAAAGAUCCACGAGCCAUACCCCGUCACGGCGAGCGUGUUCGCUAUGUUAUUGUUGCCGGUCCACCAAAUCAAGCAUUAAUUAAUUGCGUGCGUUCGCCGUGGGAGGUUAUUAAUGAUCCUGGACUACGACCAAAUGGUACGUACUAUGUUACUCGGGUGAUAAUACCACCGCUUAAUAGAUGUUUAAAUCUUAUGGGUGUUGACGUAAAUACUUGGUACCGCGAAAUGCCGCAUCGGUACAUUUUAAACAAUCCAACAGUUGUACCGAGCGACAAACAGAAACAAACGAUAUUUCAAUACUUUGGCAACGUCGUUUGCGUCUGUUGCGGUCGUGCUUCUUAUAAAAAUAUUUGCGACGACUGUACCUCUAAUUCCACUGAAACAAUUAUUGUUCUACAUGAAAAGUUGAGGUGGUUGCAGAGAAUAAACAAUAAUGUCACCGCUAUUUGUCAGUCUUGCAUAGGACGCGAUAGUGAUGUUGCUGACUGUGUAUCAUUGGACUGUCCUGUUCUUUAUCGUCGUGCUCAAGCAUCCAGAGAAUUAACUCAAGGAAUUCAAUUACAAAAUGUUAUUACUGGAAAAAGUAACAUUCUAUUUUGA